AAUAAACAUCCAUUUCCCGUACAAAAUAUAUGGCGAUUUAUUUAUUAAAGUCAACAAAUAGCAAGCAGUACAACAAAUUAUACUGACGUGUAAAUAUUAAACACAUAAAUAUGGCGUGUUGUUUAUGGCGUGUAAAUAUUAAACAUAAAUAAGAUAAUAUUUUAAAAGUUGUAAAAUGUGCAAAAUAUUACUUCUUUAAGUUUCCAUGUUUACUAAACUUAGCAUUGGACGGACUGAGGGGAAUUUUACUGUUGAAGACUUUUUAUCUGAUAUAGAAAAGCUAGACAAUUCCAGAUAAAACUAAUAUUCAUAAAGCAAUUAUAAAAAAUAUAAUAUAAUUAUAAUGAAAAUAUAUCAUGUGUAUGUUUUAUUGUGGUUUCCAUGGUUUUACUAACUUACAGUAACCAUGGUUAAUUUUCGCAAGGAUGACGCUGCAAUGCAGUGAUUAUUACGUCGAGUUUCAGAGGCUAUAUAAGUCAGCACGCCCUUCAUUAUUUCGUGGGUUUACAGUUCGGCGUGUUUUGGUACUUUCUCGAGUCCAAGGCUAUUUUCAGCGUUUUUCGUGCUUUUUUGUGGUGUUUGUUCUGCGUGUUUGUUUGUCUUGUGGAUUUUGUGUUUAUCAUGAAUCCCGUUAUCGUUGUUAAACGAGGAUCGCGGAGCUGUCUUUCAGCAGACGAGUUUCUUGCUGAGUUGGACAAAGGGUCGACUCUCCUGUUUAUCAAGGAGAAUCGGCCCGCUGUUUCAAUCAGCAGAGCCGUUUCUGCUCCUCAGUUCAUCGAGCCCUCCGUACCUGUUUUACAGGAGGAGGCGCUCGGUGAACCGAGCAGUCCGCAUCAGGAUGCUGAGGCUUCGGUGAGGUCCGGUGUGAUCACGCCACCUCCUCCAGAGUCGACAGCAGAGGAAGCCUGUCCAGAGGAGAAAGCCGUGGUUGAGGAUGAAGACUUUGAGGAGGGGGGGUCAGAGUCUUCAUCCCACCAUGAGCUAUCUACCAUGUCUGGAACAGGCUAUGACACCAGCUCUCUCGCCAAAGGGAGUUCCUCUGUUUUGGAUGACUGUAGUGACGUGGAGCCACUAAGCAUCCAACCAGCACCUCUCUCUCUGCCUUGGGUUGGCCGGGUCCCCAGAGCUGGAAUGAAGCUACCAGCUCCCGUGGAAGAGGGUUCUCCGCAGUGGGGUGACCUUUCUUACACGGUGGACCACAAUGCUUCAUAUGAGGUGUCCACACCUCCAUCCGCCGAGGCAGCCGGCACACAUCAGGAGGAUGCUCACGACUCGGUGACAUCCGAAGUGAGUUCAUCUGACGGAGCCGCCGCUCCUCAGACUCCUGCGGUGCCUGCGGUGCCAGAGGAAGCCUGUCCAGAGGAGAAAGCCAUGGAUGAGGAUGAAGACUUUGAGGAGGGGGGGUCAAAGUCUUCAUCCCACCAUGAGCUAUCUUCUGAGUCUGGAACAGGCUCUGAUAUCAGCUCUCUCACCAAAGGGAGUUCCUCUGUUUUGGAUGACUGUAGUGACGUGGAGCCACUAAGCAUCCAACCAGCACCUCUCUCUCUGCCUUGGGUCGGCCGGGUCCCCAGAGCUGGAAUGAAGCUACCAGCUCCCGUGGAAGAGGGUUCUCCGCAGUGGAGUGACCUUUCUGACACGGUGGACCACAAUGCUUCAUAUGAGGUGUCCACACCUCCAUCCGCCGAGGCAGCCGGCACACAUCAGGAGGAUGCUCACGGCUCCGUGAGGUCCGACUCUGAUGUGAGUCCAGCUGAUGGAGCCGCUGCUCCUCAGACUCCUGCGGUGCCAGAGGAAGCCUGUCCAGAGGAGAAAGCCGUGGUUGAGGAUGAAGACUUUGAGGAGGGGGGGUCAAAGUCUUCAUCCCACCAUGAGCUAUCUUCUGAGUCUGGAACAGGCUCUGAUAUCAGCUCUCUCACCAAAGGGAGUUCCUCUGUUUCGGAUGACUGUAGUGACGUGGAGCCACUCAGCAUCCAACCAGCACCAUUUCUGCCUUGGGUCGGCCGAGUGGUCCCCAGGGCAGAAAUGAAGCCUGCAGCUCCCGUGAAAGAAGGUUUUCCGCAGUGGAGUGACCUUUGGUUUACGGUGGAACCGAAGGCAUCUCGUGAGGAGUCCACACCUCCUCCCGCAAAUCCACAGCCUCCAACAGGGGUCCUCUCCUCCCCUCCUCCUGCACCUGCUCCACAGCCUCCAGCAGGUGUCCUCUCCUCCGCUCCACCUGUACCUGCUCCACAGCCUCCAGCAGGGGUCCUCUCCUCCCCUCCUCCUGCACCUGCUCCACAGCCUGCAGCAGGAGUCCUCUCCUCCCCUCCUCCUGCACCUGCUCCACAGCCUCCAGCAGGUGUCCUCUCCUCCGCUCCACCUGUACCUGCUCCACAGCCUCCAACAGGGGUCCUCUCCUCCCCUCCUCCUGCACCUGCUCCACAGCCUCCAGCAGGUGUCCUCUCCUCCCCUCCAGCUGUACCUGCUCCACAGCCUCCAGCAGGGGUCCUCUCCUCCCCUCCUCCUGCACCUGCUCCACAGCCUGCAGCAGGGGUCCUCUCCUCCCCUCCUGCACCUGCUCCACAGCCUCCAGCAGGUGUCCUCUCCUCCGCUCCACCUGUACCUGCUCCACAGCCUCCAGCAGGGGUCCUCUCCUCCCCUCCUCCUGCACCUGCUCCACAGCCUGCAGCAGGAGUCCUCUCCUCCCCUCCUCCUGCACCUGCUCCACAGCCUCCAGCAGGUGUCCUCUCCUCCGCUCCACCUGUACCUGCUCCACAGCCUCCAGCAGGGGUCCUCUCCUCCCCUCCUCCUGCACCUGCUCCACAGCCUGCAGCAGGAGUCCUCUCCUCCCCUCCUCCUGCACCUGCUCCACAGCCUCCAGCAGGUGUCCUCUCCUCCCCUCCUCCUGCACCUGCUCCACAGCCUCCAGCAGGGGUCCUCUCCUCCCCUCCUCCUGCACCUGCUCCACAGCCUGCAGCAGGGGUCCUCUCCUCCCCUCCACCUGCACCUGCUCCACAGCCUCCAGCAGGGGUCCUCUCCUCCCCUCCUGCACCUGCUCCACAGCCUCCAGCCAAGGUCCUCUCCUGCCCUCCUCCUGCACCUGCUCCACAGCCUCCAGCUGCAGUUGCACCUCCUCAGCUCCAGGCGCCUCCGUCCUCUCAGCAAAACAACACAGACGCUGUGGAGGACAUGGAGGUUGAUGGUUCAUCUUCUCAACCUUCACCUCCAGAUGGCUUGGCAACUCCGGUUGCGCCUCCUCAACCUCCGCCUUCGUCCUCUCAGCAAAAUACCGCUGACGCUGUUGAGGGCAUGGAGGUUGAUGGUUCAUCUUCUCAACCUUCACCUCCAGAUGGCUUGGCAACUCCGGUUGCGCCUCCUCAACCUCCGCCUUCGUCCUCUCAGCAAAAUACCGCUGACGCUGUUGAGGGCAUGGAGGUUGAUGGUUCAUCUUCUCAACCUUCACCUCCAUAUGGCUUGGCAACUCCGGUUGCGCCUCCUCAACCUCCGCCUCCGUCCUUUCUGCAAAAUAUCACAGACGCUCUGAAGGACAUGAGGAUUGAGGACAGUUCCUUAUCUCAACCUUCACCUUCACAUGGUUCGUCGGCCGCAGUUGCGCCUCCUCCAGCAUGGGUCCUUUCCUUCCCUCCUCCUGCACCUGCUCCACAGCCUCCAGCAGCAGUUGCACCUCCUCAACCUCCGCCUUCGUCCUCUCUGCAAAACAACACAGACGCUGUGGAGAACAUGGAGGUUGAGGACGGUUCAUCUUCUCAAUAUUCACCUCCACAUGGUCUAUCAGCCGCAGUUGCGCCUCCUCCAGCAGGGGUCCUCUCCUCCCCUCCUCCUGCACCUGCUCCACGGCCUCCAGCUGCAGUUGCACCUCCUCUGCCCCGGGCACCUCUGUCCUCUCUGCAAAAUAUCGCAGACGCUUUGCAGGACAUGAAGCUUGAGGACCGUUCAUCUUCUCAACCUUCAUCUCCAGAUGGCUUGGCAACUCUGGUUGCGCCUCCUCAACCUCCGCCUCCGUCCUCUCAGCAAAAUAUCGCAGACGCUUUGCAGGACAUGAAGCUUGAGGACCGUUCAUCUUCUCAACUUUCACCUCCUCAAGGUCAAACAUCUCCUCUUGCGCCUCCUUCUCUGCCUCCGUCCAGGAAGCGUCGGGCUCCAUCUCCUCUACAGCAAAAUAAUGGAGUCAGAGAUGAGAUGGAGCCAAAGCCAAAGAGGGCCAAACUGUGCUUAACAGCAAGCGAUCUUAAAGCUCAACCUUCAUCUCCCAGUGGUCUUUCGGCCGCAUUUGCGCCUCCUCAGCCCCAAACGCCUCUGUCGUCUCAACCUUCACCUCCCAGUGGUCUGUCGGCCACAGUUGCGCCUCCUCUGCCCCAGACGCCUCCGUCCUCUCAGCAAAAAAAUGCAGAUGUUGUUGAGGACAUGAAGGUUAAUGACCGUUCCUUAUCUCAACUUCCACCUCCUCAAAGUCAAACGCCUCCUCUUGCGCCUCCUUCUCUGCCUCCGUCCAGGAAGCGUCGGGCUCCAUCUCCUCUACAGCAAAAUAAUGGAGUCAGAGAUGAGAUGGAGCCAAAGCCAAAAAGGGCCAGACUGUUUGGGCCAUUGGAUGAGGUCACGCUUCCUCAGGCUUCCUCAUCUUCUCAGCAAAAUAAAGCAGACGCUGGGGAGGUGGACUCUUCUUCUGUUUCUCAUCAGCCAAUCCAGCAAGUGCCCGUCUCUCCUCCUCCUCAGCGUCGCUGUCUAAAGCGUCCAGCUCCUUGUACUGCUCAGGAAUUAUCUGAAGACAUGGUCUCUCCAUCCAAAAAAGCAAGACUUAACGGAUUGAUUUAAAAAUCUCAAGACGAGGAGAUCCAAACUCACCUCCUCAAACCCCACCCCCAUAUGGAGAAAAUAAAUAAAAAUAUUUUUUUAUGAAA